AGCCGCCAUGCCCGAUCGAUGCCGCCUCCGCUUCUCGCCGUCGCGCUGCCGACGCUCCUCUCCCACCUCCGUGCGUGCAGGUCGGCCUCCCACGCGCUGCAGUGCCACGCCCUCCUCCUCACCUCCGGCCACCUCGCCGCCGCCCCAACCCGCCUCUCCAACCUCCUCCUCCUCGCCCUCGCAUCCGUCUCCGCGCCCGCCGCGCACGCGCACGCGGACGCCGUCUUCGCGCACCUCCCGGAGGUCGCCACCCGCGAUCCCUUCCCAUGGAACACCAUCGUCCGCCUCCACGCUCCGGCGCGCCCCCGCGCCGCGCUCCUCUACUUCGCGCGGAUGCGCCGUUGCGCCGUGCAGCCCGACGCCUACACGUUCCCGGCCGUGCUCAAGGCCUGCGGCUGCGCGCCUGGUUGCAGGAUCGGGCUCCUGGUGCACGCGGAGGCCGUGAGGAGGGGGCUUGGCGCGGACCUCUUCACGGUGAAUGCGCUCAUCAGCUUCUACUGUAGGGUGCGGGACUGCCGCUCGGGUAGGAAGGUGUUCGACGAGGCGAGUGGCGUCUCGCGGGACCUCGUCUCGUGGAACUCCAUGGUGGCGGGGUACGUAGGGUGUGGGGAGAUGGAGCUCGCGCAGGAACUGUUCGACGAAAUGCCGGAGAGGGACGCCUUCUCCUGGGCGACCAUGAUCGACGGGUGCGGGAAGCAGGCUGGUGGUGUGGACCGUGCGCGCGAGCUGUUUGACCAAAUGCCUAAUAGGGAUUUGGUGUGCUGGAACUCGAUGAUUGAUGGUUAUGCCAGGCACGGGAGGAUAGAUGAGGCAAGGUCACUGUUCGAGGAAAUGCCGGAGAGGAAUGUGAUCUCAUGGAGUGUUCUCAUUGAUGGGUAUGUCAGGUGCGGGGAGGCGAAGGAGGCUUUGGAGUAUUUUCAGAGCAUGCUACGGUGUGGUGUAAGGCCUGACAGGGUCGCUGCGGUUGGGGCUGUCACGGCUUGUGCUCAGCUGGGUGCUUUGGAGCAAGGCAGAUGGCUGCAUUCUUACUUGGAGAAGAAGAAGGUAUUAUUCGAUGUUGUGGUGCAGACAGCUUUGAUAGAUAUGUACAUGAAGUGCGGGCGCUUGGAUCUUGCCAAGUUGAUCUUUGAAAGCAUGGCUGAGAGGAGUGUAGUCACUUGGAAUGUGAUGAUCGUUGGACUAGGAACUCAUGGUUAUGGUCUGGAUGCCGUCACACUGUUCCAUCGAAUGGAGGCUGAAAGAGCUCCGAUGGAUGAUCUAAGUGUACUUGCUGUGCUCACUGCGUGCACACAUGCUGGAUUGGUAUCAGAGGGUUUAGGGAUAUUUCACAGAAUGAAAAAGGAUUUCAGGAUAGAUCCCAAGGUAGAACAUUAUGGAGCAUUGGUUGAUCUACUUGGCCGUGCUGGACGUUUGGAUCAAGCUAGGCAUGCUAUAGAAACAAUGCCCAUGGAACCAACUCCGGAGUUGUGGGGAUCUCUUCUUGCUGCCUGCCGAAGCCAUAGGUGCGUUGAGCUGGCUGAAUUAUCAGUUGAACGCCUUGCAAAUCUUGGAGCCGAUGAUUCAGGAGUCUAUGUUCUUCUGUCAAACAUCUAUGCUGAUGAAGGAAUGUGGGCUGAUGUUUUGAGGAUUAGGAAAUUGAUGAGUGAUGAGGGGAUGAAAAAAGAUAUUGGGCGGAGUGUGAUUGAUGUAGAUGGAGAAAUACAUGAGUUUGUGAACGGAGGCAGCUCACAUCUUUGUAGGGAUGAAAUUUACUUGAUGCUGCGGGAUUUGUCUAACAUGGCAGCAUCUAUUUGAUUGCUCUUUUGUGUCUGUUAACUCAACAUUCUUGGCAUGUAUCAAAUUGCAUCUGAUGGUUCAUAGCCCUGAUGGUAACAAGCUUCUGUUUGCCAGCUCAAACGCAAGAAGGUACCGAUUUAAACACCACUGGAUCAAGGGACAUCUUGAGUAUUUGUGUGUAAUCCAUUUUAUUCAACUUUUUCUUGGCUUGCUUUCACAGUGGUGAAUGAACAUAGAUUUAAUGAAGAAACUAUUUGAGGUAGCAGUUGUUUACUCUUGUCAGUUUAAAGGGUACAGUGCUAACGGUUUGGACCAGCCACUUGUGGAUUUUGGGAGUAAUUGAGAAGUCUCUGCACCCCUGUUGCAUUGUUCUUUACAUCAGAAUGAAGACACAUGAUGUUGAGAAUAAAGACUGAAGUCUUCAAGAUUAUUCGGGACCACCUCACAGGGUGCCACUAUGACAUAUUCUUGUUUAUUUAAGACGAGCCGUGAGACCUCAGUCUAUUGCCAAAGAGUGGUACUGGGAGCACUACAGGUCACAGGUGGUUGAUACUAUGAAAAAGAGGAAUGACAUGACUGUCCAUAAGAACUGACGGUGUUCAGAAUGGAGAAAAUGGAACUUCAGGUGGAUCAGAAGAAUGUUUGCAGAAUUUACAUAAAUGUUAGUAGUAUGAAAUGAAGGUUAACAGCCUCAGAAGAUCUAGCCUUGAUCUCCAAGGCUAUUCAAGCAGAUGAUACAUUUUGAGAACCAUGAUCUGUUGAAAGAGACAGGGCAAUUAUUUACACCAGUCACAACAGAUAUAGUGCAUAAUAAAAUCCAAGCAGGAAAAUGCAACCUUAUUCAGUAAGAAAAGAUGCUUGAAAGAAGGCAAUGAAAGGUUAUUCAGUAAGAGAAGGUGCUUGGAAGAAGGCAGCGAAAGGAAAAGCUCUGAUGCACGCAGUAUCAUUUCUGAGCCUGUAAAGGUGAACGAAUGCCAGAGGACGGUGAGAAGCUGAGGGUGGGCAUGCUCUAGAAUCUAGAUCCUGCAUCUCUGCAUGCCAAGCUCUUGCUCUGUCCACGGCUGGUGGCCAUCUCCUCCUCCUGUGACCUCAAUGCAUGGGCUGCAUCUGGAUUUCGUAUUCAGAGCCGUACCAUGUACAGUCUGGUGAUAUCUCGUAGACAGCAAUCGUUGGAAGCUCUGGAUCUGCGGUCGCAUUUGUUCUACCUUUUAUGUGGCUGUCCAUAUGGUGGAGAUGUUGGGCGUGUAUAUGGGCAGGGUUCAGAUGCCGUUGCUUUCAGUUUCAGAGCUGUGGCGCGCGCUACCACGGGGAGAUGCUGAUGGUCACGAGGCCGUAGCCGGGUCAAAGUGUGGUCAAAUGAAAUUUGUUUGGUACUAACAAGCAAGUGGUCACCGGAACGCCGCAUGCGCCGCUAUGGUUAACCAGGUCAGGCCAUAUUGCUGGCAAUGGAAGCAUUCGGCAGGUAAAAAAGCCUUUGCCUGUAAGAAGUUACUGAAUUUGUGUUCACUGGCUGAAGCACAUUUGUAGGUAUCUCCCUAUCUGCAUUCUCCGUUUGUUUGAUUGUGCAUGUCGCAAAAUGGUUUGCAGCUGCAGUUUUUCAGAGGUCAUGACUCAUGUGACUCAGACCUGUGGCUACGAUUUUGCGCCAUAAUAAGCUUUCUAUGAAACUCUUGUGGAUCAAGGAAUGCUGGCAUGGGAUGGGACUCACGAGGAUGGCGGUGUUAGUCUGCAGCAGAUGGGUUGGUUGAGGCUUGAUGCUGUUAGGCCGAGAUGGGCCUUCUGUUUUUA